AUGACGCCUGUCCUGAAAAACCUAUUUAGAAAAAGUUCAAGUCUUGGCAGUAUAAGAAACUCAUGUACACUCUUUAUCUUCCCCCUCAUUAUCCCCAUUGCUACAACAACAUUACAUGUCAAAAGUUCUGUUUACUGUGAUACUUGCCGUGUUGGAUUCAAAACCAAUGUCACCUUUUACUUUGAAGGUGCAAGGGUUGGAAUUCAGUGCAAAGAAAGGAAGACCUUGAAGGAAGUUUUCUACACGGAGGGUGUGACGGAUUCGACGGAAACAUACCACAUUGAGGUUGAAAAUGACCAUGGCAACCAUAUUUUCCAAUGCAUGCUUGUUAAAAGCCCUAUUCAAUGGUGUAGUACCCCAGAUUCUGGGUGUGACAGAUCGAGCAUAGUACUAACCCAUAACAAAAAUGGCAUAGUCAACCAUCUUCGCUAUGCUAAUUCCAUGGGUUACCUCAGUGACCAGUCCUUGCCUCAAUGCCACAAACUGCUUAAAUACUAUUUGGCAGACUCCAAUUUUUGA